AUGGUAUCCUCGUCUUCGAGCCGUCCAUUGCCUUCACUCGUCGCCCUCUCGGCGCUAUUCCUCCAGCCAGCACUCGCCGAGCUAUGGAAUCCGAGAGUACACGUUCAACGCAGAGACUAUGUUGUUCCCCGAACGACAGAACGCAUUCCACGACCACUCAAAGCUCGCGCGGACACAGUCAAGCCUGGUCAACCAACCCACACCGUGUCAGACGACCUCAUCCUAGGCUUUGAGAUUGUCGGAAACUCUGGAGUCUCUGGCCAGCAGUUGUUCUUGGGCUCCGAUACCAAGGUUUACGUAAUCGAUAAAGUCGAAAAUAAUCCCUUGACCAUCAACGGGCAUCCAGCUUGGGCUUCCGAAUACGACCUUACAACAAACCAAGCCCGCGCUCAGGAGGUUGUCACCAAUACCUUCUGCGCCGGCGGCGGCGUCCUUGGAAACGGCGACUGGCUCAACAUUGGUGGCAACCAGGCCGUCGGUCCCAACGGCGUCACGUCGAGCUCACAGACUGGUAGCAACGAGUAUCAAAACUCGGACGGUGCUUUUGCUGCCCGAACAAUUACGCCCGGUGAGGGCGCUGAGUGGUAUGACGACCCACAAACGGACUUGACCACGCGUAGAUGGUACCCGUCUCUUGAGACAAUUGAGACAGGACGUAUCUUCGUCCUUGGAGGUAAUCAGUACGGAGGUUUCGUCAACGAUGCUGCAAACAGUAAUCCGACCUACGAGUUUUGGCCAAAGGCAGACGGAGAAGUACCGAUUGAGAGCACCAUUCUCAAGAACACGUUACCCGCCAAUCUGUAUCCCAUUACGCAUCUCAUUCCAACGGGACAGAUCCUACUAAACAUCAACUUGAAUGCGGCCGUCUUGGACUACAAGACCAACACAGAGUAUCCACUCCCAGCGGUUCCUCACGCCGUGCGCACGUACCCUGCUAGUGCCGCUAGUGUGAUGCUCCCCUUGACGGUCGCUAACAACUGGACGGCCACCGUCAUGUAUUGUGGUGGAAGCGACCUUCAAUCCAACCAGUGGACUUCCGGCAUGGUUCUGAUCAAUGUUCCCGCCUCGGAUUCGUGCAUUAGCAUCACCCCAGAGACCUCGAACCAAUGGGUAGACGAAGACUCCCUUCCCGAGGGUCGCGUUAUGGGCAAUGCCAUUCUCCUUCCAGAUGGCACAGUCUUUGUCGCAAAUGGCGCCAACACGGGUGUGGCUGGAUACGGAAACGAUACUUGGGUGCUACAAGACUCCUACGCGAACAACCCGAUCUACGAGCCCAUCAUCUACGACCCCUCGAAGCCAUCUGGUAAGCGCUGGAACCGAGACGGCCUCAAGGCAUCAACAAUUGCACGCAUGUACCACUCGACUGCAACUCUCCUUCCCGACGGCUCUGUCUUUAUCACGGGUAGCAAUCCCCACCCCGACUACAGUCCCAACACCAUUUUCCCAACCGAGUAUCGUGUCGAGAGGUUCUACCCAUGGUACUACAACAAGCGUCGCCCAGAGCCGUCUGGUAUCCCGACCUCGCUUACCUACGGUGGAAAGUACUUUGAUCUCGAGCUCACUUCGGACGAUCUCUUUGGGAACAUUGGAAAUGUCAACGCAAUCAAGAUUGUUCUCAUCAAGACUGGGUUCUCGACGCACGCUAUCAACUUUGGACAACGUUCGGCUGAGCUUGACCACACGUUUACCACCAAGACAGAUGGCGGUGCAACCCUUCACGUCUCUCAAGUUCCUCCGAAUCCUGCGAUCAUCCAACCGGGUCCUGCAUGGUUGUUCGUUGUUGUCAACGGGGUUCCUUCCGUCGGUGUCAGGGUUAUGCUCGGCUCUGGUACUCUCGGCGCGCAAGAGAUCCACGAGGUCGAAGCUCUUCCAGCUUCUUCGGUAGUCACCGCAAGCGCUGACACCAAUACCAACGCUCACCACUCGUCUGCCGGCCGUACAACUCCUGCCCUGGUUUUCGCACUUUCCCUCUUGAUGGCAGCGGUCACUCCCCUCCUCUAG